UCCGACGCCCGGGCUCUUUUCCGCCGGGCCACACUGCUCCUCGAAAGGGACCGGAGCCCCCCUUUUACCUGCACCCUCUCCCUCCGGCCUUCCAGUCGUCUCCCUUCCCACCCCAUUCCCAAGGUUCUCCUUUGUGCCAGGAGAAGAGUGGGAAGUAGCCCUCCGCCGUCCCCGCCCCAUCCCUCCCACGGCAGCAAGUUCCUCCUUUGCGGAUCCUCCGUGGGCAUUUUAUUUUUCAAGUUCUCGCCGGGUCGUGCGACGGUGAGCGCGUUUUUGCUUCGUGUUCAAAGGCUUCGCCCUGGCAGCAGCCGACGGAGGGGGACGGAAAGACCGGCGGAAGCUCGAACGUGGGUCCCGGGGUCAGCGAGCGCUGAAUGUGCAGCGUGCAACUGAAACGGUCUUCGAGAGAGGAGGAAUCACACCGUUGCUCCUGACCCCCCGUCACCCCGUUGGCUCGCGGCCUUCGCAGAAAGACCACUCCAAAAACUCCUCAAUGGCCAACGGGGAUCCGAGGCUAUUUUUGAGGGCGGCGUGCCUCUUUCCUUCGCUUCGAAGCCCGCGUGACGGAUGAUGAAAAUAGUUGCUUUUUCUCCGCGCGGGGAUGGGUUAAGAAACCCAAGCGCCCGGCUCGCUGUUUGGUUUCCAGGGGUGCCGGGAGACGUUAAAGACUGUGGGCUCCAAGGGACGUUUUCCGCUUUGGUUUUGUUUGGAUUGCGUUCAGGGAUCCAUUGUGUGUUGCAGCCUGAAUCCCGGGAGGGACGGGUUUGUGCGGCCGACAGGCCCAGACGCCAACAAGCCAAGAGCUGGCACGCCGUGCGGCGGACGUCUUCCCUGGACGCCAUCACCGGACCGUACCUCACGGGACACUGGCCUCGAGACACCCACGGGCACUACCCCUCCUGCAUGACCGACAAAGCCACGCAGACGCCCGUCUGUUGGUCAGAAGAGGGAGGCGGAAAGAAAGCCCACCAGCGGUCCGCGUCGUGGGGGAGCGCUGACCAACUGAAAGAGCAGAUCGCCAAGCUGCGGCAGCAGCUCCAACGCGGCAAACAGAGCGGGCGUCGCAGCAAGGAGACGGAGCAGCACUCUCCCCUCCACGGCAACCACAUCACAACCCACCAGACCCAGGCUGUCGGAACCAGGACGGGCCCCGGCCCGCCGGCGAACGUCUCCGGCCCCAAAGCCACGGGUCCGGCGCGGGCGCCCGGCAACGUGGAAGGCCUCAGCCCCGAGCUGGAGAAGGUCUUCAUCAAAGACCCCGGCGGCAGGGAAGAUGCGGCCAAGGCCUCGGACAUCCCGGACGGGCGCCGGGCCCCGCCGCCGGCCCCCUGGCACCGCAGCGCCCGGCGCAGCAUGGACACGCAGACGCCGUCCGUGGCGGGGGGCCGCGCCCACGCCAGCGCCCGCUCCCCGCCCGCCUCGCCGCUCGGACCCCCGGGCUCGCGGGAUGGCAGCCCCUGCUCCGCCGAAGACCCGCUCUACGACCGCGACAAAGAUAACGGGAAUAGCUCACCGCUCCCCAAGUACGCCGCCUCCCCCAAACCCAACAACAGCUACGUGUUCAAACGCGAGCCCCCCGAAGGAUGCGAGCGAGUCAAGGUCUUUGAGGAGAUGGCGUCUCGCCAGCCCGUCUCGGCCCUCCUGUUUUCUUGCCCGGACAAAAAUAAGGUGAACUUUAUCCCGACGGGCUCGGCCUUCUGUCCGGUCAAGUUGCUGGGGCCCCUCCUGCCCGCCUCGGACCUGACGCUCAAGGGCUGCCCCGGCUCGGCCCUGAGCGGCGUGGCGGACCACCUCCCCGAGCGGGGCUCCCUCGCCUCCCCCGCUGGCCAGCCCGGCCCGGCGGACCCCCCGGGGGUCUCCGGCCCCCUGCCCGGCCAGCAGCAGCAGCACCCCGCCUCUUCUCACCGCUACGUGCUCCUCUAGGGCCCUCUGCCCCCAAAACCCAGCUUCUUCCCGGGGCUCCCCGCGCCGUCCCCCCCGAGGGACUCCGCUCCUGGGCUUUGGUUUUCGUACGCGGACUUUUCCUUCUCCCUUCUUUCUGCAAAAACAAAGCAAACGG